GUUUAAUGUUUACUUUUGUUAAUGCAUUUCUGUUUAUAAUUUUAUAAUUAAAUAUGGAACAGAUGGAGUAUAAUGAUUAUUUCGAAAGUUACGAGGAUUUAGAGAUUCAUAGAUUAAUGUUAGAAGAUUCUGCUAGAAACAAUGCAUAUAAAGAAGCUAUUUUUGACAAUAAACAUGAGUUUGAUGGUAAAGUAGUUUUGGAUGUGGGAGCUGGAACAGGAAUUUUGUCAGUUUUUUGUGCACAAGCUGGAGCCAAAGCUGUUUAUGCCGUAGAAGCUAGUAACACAUAUAAAAUUGCAGAGGAAGUUGUUAAAGAAAACAAAGUUGAAAAUGUUAUAAAAGUACUUCAUUCUAAGAUAGAGGAUGUUGAUCUACCUGAAAAAGUUGAUAUAAUAGUUUCAGAAUGGAUGGGAUUUUACUUAUUACAUGAAGCUAUGUUAGAUUCUGUUAUUAUAGCUAGAGAUAAAUUUUUAAAACCAGGUGGAUUAAUGUUUCCUGAAUCUGCAACUUUAUAUGCAACACCUUGUAGUGUUCCGUCUAUGUACACAUUUUGGAACAACGUAGCUGGAGUGUCGAUGUCUGUGUUAGGAUCAAAACUAAGAGAAAAUGCGUCUCAAAAACCGUUAUGUGAAUGCAUUAGUCCAGAUUCUAUACUUGCCGAAGCAGAAACUAUAUUAUGGAUAGAUUUGCGAGAAGUAACAUUAGACGAUGUUAAAGAUUUUGAAAUAAGGCAUGUGGCAGUUGCAACAAAAAAAGGGCAAUAUGAAGGUAUAUGCAUUUGGUUUUCUUGUACGUUUCCAUCUACGACCAAAGAACCAGUGACACUAUCAACAGAACCUGAAGAACCAACAACUCAUUGGAAACAAACAGUUAUAGUAUUACCCUCUAGUUUAGAAGUGGAAGAGGGAAGCCCCAUAGCAUAUGAUCUAGCACUAAAACGUUCACAGGAGAAUAACAGGAGAUACACUCUUGAAGUCACAAUGUUGGAUGCUUUGGAGGUGGAACACCCUGAAUACUGUAUGUGUCAUAUGACUAAGUGUAUAUUAAUUCGGAAAAUGUUGGACAACUAUGGAAAAUAAAUGUUAAGAUUUAA